AUGUCAUUUUAUAACACGAAUCAUGUGAUUGAAAAGAAAGUGGCGUCAGUCUUUCGAAUGUUUCGAAAUGUGUUCUUCGAAGAAUUUGGAGGGUACGAGCGGUGUACACGAGUUGAUAAGGAAAGAUCGAUGGGAGGCAAUAACGACGAAGAUAGACGAAUUUGUUUGAAUCCAACAGAAGGCAUGAAACAAAAAGCAUCGGCAUACUAUAUCACUUGUUACAGACAAGCAUCGCAGAGUGCACGACGUUUACUAUCGUUUGGUUGGCUAGCAUGGGAUGUGUUGUCGCAUAUCAAGCAAGAGAUGCGAUUGGUGAAUGGGCAACGUUUAGUGCAGUCGUUGGAUCCGCUUAGCGAAAGUGUCUCCAGGAGCUUCAAUGGCUCGGUUCAGUAUGAAUAUGAUUUGAUAAUUUUGAUAGUGCAAUGUAAAUGUUGGUAUAUUGCCUUACAGCAUAUCGCUGAAUAUUGUCGACGAAACAGUGAUGAAGAACAAAAUGAAAUGGAAAUUUUGAUGGAGAGGGUACCUAUAUUGCGUUUAUAUCUCCGUAGAUAUCAAGGACUGGACAACGCACUGUUCGUGCUGUGCAAAUGGGCAGAACUGCAGAAGCUGUUCGAAGCGGGUACAUUACGAAAGGAACACAUUUGUAUGUUGUUUCUUCUGUUCGGUUUGAAUCAAAUUGGUACCGUGAAGUCGUCACUCUAUUCGCAAAUGCUUGAAAAGACGGUAACAUAUUGUGAAGAUCACGAAGUGCGCGAUAUGAACGAGGUAUUGGGUGGAUUAGGGAAGUGUUUGUUGCGAUUUCUGCGAUAUUUGAGUUCGCGUGCAUUCGAAACAAAGAAAAUGUUCAAUUUUAUGAACGAAUACCUACAAUAUGGCUCUGUGUUGUUGCGUGGACAGUGGGUUGAACUGCAGAAGGCUGCCACAAAAACAUUUUAUAAGAUUGUUUUGACAAGUCGAUUCGACGAUUUACCAAUCGACAUGAAUGAAGCGAUUUGUCGGAAUGAACUUGUAAGCGAACAAACUGUUUGUUUCAUUUUUAUUUUAAAAUUUCUUUAG